UACGCUCGCAACUGCGCGUUACAAAUAGCGAAGGCAGAGCUCACGAGUCACGAGCACCCCCCCCCCUCUCUCAAGUUUCAAUGGCGAACGCAGUUUCUGUGCAGGAAUAUAUGCCAGUGGGGUAUAGAUUCCGUCCAACAGAUGAAGAACUCGUGGGUCACUACCUGAAGAACAAAUUGAACGGUGAUAAUUCGGCUCUUCAGAUUAUCCGUGAGAUUGACAUUUGUAAGCACGAGCCCUGGGAUUUACCUGAGUUUUCGAUGAUCAAGUCGGAUGACCCAGAGUGGUUUUUCUUCAGUCCUCGUGAUUUCAAGUACUCAAACAGUACUCGGUCUAACAGGGCAACAUCGCGUGGCUUCUGGAAAGCCACUGGAAAAGACAGGGACAUUAAGGCUCGUGGUACCGACGAGAUCAUUGGGACCAAGAAGACUCUUGUUUUCCAUAGAGGUCGUGUUCCUAAUGGCGUCAAGACCAACUGGGUCAUUCAUGAAUAUCAGGCUGUAACAUUUCCUGUUGACCAGAGAACCUUUGUUCUAUGCAAGUUAAUGAAGAAACCUGAGAAAGCAGAAGGGAGAACCGAUGCGUUAAUCUGUGAUGAAGGGGAGCCGAGUCGCUAUAUGUCUUCUGACCAUGAAAAUCUAGCUAGUGAGACUACAAUUCCAAAUGUGUACUCUUUGUCUUCAAUCAAUCUGGAUCCAUUUUUUCAGACAGAACACCCAGUGGAUGAAGUUGACUUAAGCCCAUUACAUUUUUCUCCAAUAGUCAAUGAGCAGGAAUUUUCUUUCCCAUUUUCCCCGAGGCUCAAUUCCUAUACUGGAAAUGAUGACAGCAGUAUAAACCUGCCUUUUGAAACUACCGAGGAGGAAGAAGAAAAUGCUGAUGAGUUUGUGAAUUCAAUCUUAGCUGAUGAGGAAAUAUUCCAGAGUGAGGGAGUGGGACAUGCUUUUGUCCAUGAGUUCACCCCCUCAGAAGCAUUGAGAAAGGUGUACUAUGGAAGCAGUGACACAGAUGCAGAAGUUGUCUAUGCACAGUAUGGAAAUAUUGAAACUUCAACCAAAUCGUAUAAAACUGAUGGUCCAAGGGAAUGCAUGCUAAUGGCAAAGGUUAACAGCUCUGAACUUUCUUCCAACCAAGCAAAACGAGGGAAAAAGGGCAGAUCCUUUCAAGAUGAUUUGGACUCUUCCUCUGGUGAUUCAACCCUUGCUAGGCCACUUGAGAUCAGUCAGAUAGAGCUUGUUAGCUCUGCUUCCACUAUAAAGGCAUGCAAAACCCAAUAUCAACCAAGAUCAGCCAGCUCUGUGUCACUGAGAUAUGGAGCAAGAAGAUCUCAAACACAUAGAAAGUCUUCAACCAAAGCAGCAUAUCAUGAGGCUCAGAAAGAAACACCGGAGCAUUCAAACAAUGAUAAGGGAGUAGCUCAGGUUACUGAUAAAAGAAACACUUUAAAAGCCCCAAGUAGUCAAUCCUCUGGUGUCAAUAGGAGGAGUUCUUUCAUUCAACUAGAGACACCAUUAUCAAGCCAAAACCUUAGUCCACCAUCCGUAUAUCUUGGCAAUGUUGUUAUAGGGCUUUUCCUGUUUGUAGUCAUUAUUUGGGAAAUGCUAUCAUAUGGGAAGUUCUGUUAGUGCCUUACUUGCACAAAGCACAUUUCCCCUCAUGGAAAAACCGCGUGUUUCAAUGGGCAUUCAGGACAGUAAUUUGAAGAUCAAGCAGGCAGCAACAAUCAAGCUUGACGUGAAGAUUGGUUUGUGGCAAUUACUCAUAAAAAUACUGUCUUAUCCUACCUAAAUGCUGUUUUUCCAAGUGCAAGUAUAUGUUAUGUAACUUUAUGUUUAAGUAAUGUGUAAAGCCGGUAAAAGCAUCCCUGUGAAGUGCUGUUUGUAUCUUGUGUGGAAUCAACCUUAUGCAGAAUCCUAAUUCCUAACCAAUUUUGGUGA